AUGCAAGCCAACACUGAUCCACACAAACUUUCCUAUGCUCAUUCCGAAGAAAUUGUCGAUCUCAAGAGACAUUCACAGAACACGGAAUUUGAUACUAUUAAUGAGUAUGAUGCUGUUCAUUUCGGUGGGAAUUUAUUAUCUUCUGCAGCUUUUUUUGAAGACCCUCAGUCAAGCUAUGAUUUCGAUACGGUAGCUUCUUUGUUUUCUGUCGAGACAUUCACUAAACUUCCGUUAGAAACUUUAGGCCGAAUUACAUCAAUUCCUUCUGAAUCUGGUGCUAUCACUCAUAAGUUAUCUCGGGAUAAUGGUGACCGUCAGUCAAGGAAAGGCUUCUCUAUCUGUUCACAGAAGCAACCCUACAGUAUUUCCGAUGACCAGCAUGUUGACAACUAUCCUACUCUUAAACCUACACCAAAGUCUUUAUCUUUUGCGAGCAAAGGCUCUGUUUGUCGUGGUUCACUUCUUCAAGAAUCACACGAAACCAGUGCUUCUUUUCCGGAUAGAUCUCUAUAUUCAAAGAGUGUUUCUAAGUCACCUUCAAUGGUUGAAUCACCUGAGAGUAUGUUAAAUUUAACACCAAUGAACAAUGUUUAUCCUAUGUUAGACAGAAAUAUACUGUUACCUGGUGAAUACCAGUCUCAGAGUACUUCAGGUAUUGCAUUCUCCAGUCAAUUAUCCCCUCCUGAAAGUAUAAAAUUGACUAAAUCCCAUGGACAAGAUGAACAACAUCAGUUAACCCGUCAUCAUCAUCAUCCAAGCUGUAAACAUUAUCCAUUUCCAAGUAUGAUGGAUAACUACUACUAUCCAUGUGGAUAUAAGUCGACUAUGCUUGAAGGCGAAAAAAUGCCAAACCAUAUAAUGAAACCAAAUCCAACAUUCUCUACUGAUAAAUAUGAAAAUCAAUGGGAUUGUAAAUCUUGUCAUUUGACCAGUCGAUAUCAAAAUGGUAUCCCUGAAUACCUACCUGAAAGAUAUCAUGAUACCCCUGAUGAAAUGAAUGAUUUCUCUGAAUUUCAACAAAUCACUAUGGCACUAUUGAAUACACUUAUGACUACAACUGAAAUGUUACGUACACAACUGAAAGUAAGGCAAGCAGCUCUAACAUCACGAAAAUGUUGUAAUAGACAAGAAGCUAAAGACAGAGACAGAUUUGUACAAACUCAAGGAUGGAAUGAAAAUGCCAUGUGUAAUAUUCUACAGAUUCAACAUUCAUGUACUGAAGAAGAUUCUGAUGAAGAUAAUGUGACUUUAUCGUUUUAUAGAGCAGAGGACAACAAAGGCAUCAAAUAUCGACAAAGGCGACAAUUAACACCUCUGUCUAUUCACUAUCCUCAAAACAUAUACAACAAGAAGAAGGAGAAGAGGCCUGAUACUAUUACUACUAACACUCCUUAUCCCAUAUCAAGUAGGAAGACUAUGGAAGAUUCCGUGAUUCCGUGUAGUAGAUUCAUUAAACCAAUAUUAACAAAUUCGUCAACAAAAUAUAUUCAAACCUUAUCUUCAGAUAUAUUGAAAACCAACGCACAGAAAAUAAAUUAUGAUUUACAUCGAAAUGGAAAUGGUUUAAAUUUGCGAAACAAUUUCACACCGCAUUUGUUUAAAUCGACCAAUGGAGAUUUAAAUUCGAAGGCGCCAAAUAUGACUAUCCAUCAUCAUUAUCAUCCUCAUUCGCAGCAUAAUUUAUACAAAAAGAGUGUAUCAUUUGAAAGAUAUACUGAUGAUUAUUUAUUUAAGAAUAUUGAAAAUAAAACAAAAGAAGAAGAAAGGGGAAGGGGAGGUCACGUAACUAAAACAAAAUUAUUGUGUACUAAUUGUCAUCAAUUAUCAAAGUUUUAUUGUAAGCCUGAAAGCAUAUGUCUGUGUUGUCAGAAGAGCUUAGAUAUCUCACUGUUGACGUCAGCAUCCUUGUCGACAUCAUCAUCGUCGUCUACACUUGAUUCACAGUUUGUUUUAAUUAAUCGUGAAGAACAGAGAUAUCAGGUUAUUUCGUCACCGUCACCAUCACCAACAACAGUAACAACAACAACAAUGUCGUUUACAUCGACAACUUCAAUGAAGACUAUUUUUCACUCAAUACCCUGA